AUGUGGAAUGUGGCAAUGUCCUGCCCGCGUUGUCGGGCUUUGAAGAGGCGAGAAAGUCACCGCUGCGCCUGCUCUUUCUGCCGCACAGAAUGGGGGUCAGACUCUCCGGAUGGGAAAGCGGCUGCCGAAUCCGGAGCGCACCUCUUGGAGAUCUUCGAUGGCGACGUCGUUCUGCAUACGGUUGUCACGGACAUUCCCCCAGAAAAGAGAGAAGUGGAUCAAGCGCCGAAUGCUUUUCUGCAGGAAGUUCGAGGGCACGAGGCCCCUCUUGGAUGCAGCUCCCCAUGCCCUGCCUGGAACGGAGCCUGUCAGAGUGCGAUUGAGCCAGAGGCAUCUUCGCAACUUUGGAAAUUAGUCUUUUCGGAGCCCUCGGCGGAAGCGCUCCGCUCGCUUGACACUUUCGCGGACAGCUGGACACCCGACCAAUCAGGAGGUGGUCUGGCACGGUUGCCUCUGGCACCGAUUCUCUUGCUGUUCCCUUCCUCCUGUGUGGCAGCUUUCCCCAUUGCGCCUUUUCUGGCUCCAUUUUGCAACGAGGGCGGCUCCUUUUCACAGAGGGGCUACUGCAAAGACCUGACGUUGCUGCGCUGUGAAAAGGGACAGCGUGCUUUUGCCUUGACACCACUGUCAGACUGGGACAUCUGGAGUCCUCCGCCAGCCGCGAACAGGCUCAGCUGUGUGGUGGAACAGCUGGACUUCCAGCAGGUCAACAUUGACAAGCUGGAGUCUUCUUUGGGGAAGCUUCAGGCGAACUCCGAGAAGUGCCUCCUGCAGAUUGGAGAACUGGUGCCCGGGAAACUGGUAGGUCCUACAACUGCCCGGUCCUCCUUCCAUCGGGAGGCUACUGUGGCAAAAACCACAAGGCAAAAGACCCUGUGUGAUGAGGGACCAGGGAGCGCGGGGCCUCUAUUCUUCCCUCCCUCUUCCCCUGGCUGGGGAUGUGGCUCUGGGCAUUUCUCCGACACGAAGAACCAGCUGGACCUGGACCGUACCCGGGAAGACGGACAUAUCCAUCGGGACAUUUUUCGGGAGCCAAAGAGGGCCAAGCCUCUUUCCGUGGAACGCUUGCCUCUGGUGCCGAUUCCGCUGCGGGCAUUAAUCCAGUCUUGA